CCAUAUCUUAAUUUCUCAAGGCCUAUAUUAGCAGACACCCAAAGCCUCAUCUUCUUAUCUCCUCCACACCUCCACCUAAAAAAAAACCCCAAACCACCACCACCACCGCCGCCGCCGCAACCAUGUCGGACAAAGUGUGCAGCCACCACAAGAGCAAGAAGAGAAAGAUCCUGCGGCGGUGCUGCGCCGGACUGCUAAUCUUCAACUUCAUAAUCCUAUUCCUAAUCCUACUAAUCUGGGCAAUACUCCAGCCCAAAAAACCCAGAUUCACAAUCCAAGACGCCACCAUAUUCAACCUAAACGUAUCCGCCCCUAACGUCAUCUCAACCACCGUCCAAGUCACCGUCAACUCCCACAACCCCAACUCCAAGAUCGGCGUCUACUACGACAAGCUCGACGUCUACGCCACCUACCACAGCCAGCAGAUCACCUACUACACCGUCAUCCCGCCGGUGUACCAAGGCCACAAGGACGUCAACGUCUGGUCUCCGUUCAUCUACGGCGUCAACGUCCCCGUCGCCCCCUACAACGGCAUCGCCCUCGCACAGGACCAAACUAACGGCGCCAUCCGGAUCACCGUUAAAAUUGACGGACGCGUUAAGUGGAAGGUCGGGACGUUUGUCUCCGGCCGUUACCACCUCCACAUAUCCUGCCCCGCCAAUAUUCCGCUUGGCAAUAGCAAAAACACCGGGGUUAUUAUCGGCAACGCAGUUAAGUAUCAGCUUUCCCAGAGUUGUAGUGUCAGUGUGUGACAAAUUUAAAUAAUAAUAUUUAUAAUUUAUAAAAAAAAAUUAUCAAUUUCCGAUUAUAUUUUAAUUUCCGUUUUUUUUAAUUAUAAUUUACUGGAGAAAUUGUACAUUUUUCUGUUGAAUAAACUACGUUAAUUAAAAUGUUGUAAUAAUUAAGAAUUUGUGCAAUGAUUAUAUCUUUGAUUAGUGGGUUAUUAGUGGAGGUUAAGGUGUCAAUUUCUUGAAUUAAUUAAAAAAAGUUUUAAGUCCUCUGUUUUAAUUUAAUUAAUGAUAUAUAUGCUUCUUCUUUACUCU